AUCGAAAUGGUCGAAUGAAAUGAAUAAUGGCGAAAAAACUUAUGAAGUUGAAUGUUGUUCCAAAUAGAACAAGAUCAUUCUCAUCCGAAACUCCAUCUCUUUACUCAUUCCUUCAACCUUCUUUAUUCAAAUUUAAUCUCCAUAAUGAUAAUGAUAAUGAUAAUCUCCCAACUUCACCACCCCAAUCACUCUCCCUUACACAUCAACAACUCACCACUCUUCAAACAACUCUCCACAAAUCCCUUAUCACUUCUCAAACUGACGAAGCUUGGAAAUCUUUCAAAACCCUAACAACUCAUCAUUCCUUCCCACCCAAACCCCUCACUAAUUCCCUUCUCACCCACUUAUCCUCUCUUCCUGACAACAUUCUCAAUCUCAAAAGAGCUUUCGCUUCAACCCUCUUUCUCAUUCAAAAACACCCCAACCUCCUCGAAUUCAAUACAAUUCAUGCCAUCCUUCUUUCCAUUAAAUCUGCCAACACUGCUCCCCCUGCUUUUUCACUUGUCAGAUCAAUGUUCAAAUAUCGUUUUUUCAUUCCUUUUCAUUUGUGGGGCGGCGUGCUCGUUGAUAUUGCUAGAAACAAUGACAACCUUGCUGCCUUUUUACCUCUUUUUGAAGAAAACUGCAGGGUUGCUUUCGAUGAGAAACUGGAGUUUAUGAUACCUGAUGUUGCUUCUUGUAAUGCUGCUCUUGAAGCCUGCUGUUUUUGCCUUCAAUCGGUAACUGAUGCUAACAGAGUUGUUGAAAUUAUGUCCAAGCUCGGUGUUAAGCCUGAUGUGUUUAGUUUUGGAUUUCUUGCUUAUUUAUAUGCACUUAAAGGGUUACAAGAUAAGAUAGAUGAGUUAAAAGUUUUGAUGGUUGGUUUUGGCUACUCCAAAAACAAUAAAUGUUUUUAUUCUAAUUUGAUUAGUGGCUAUGUUAAGUCUGCUAAUUUAGUUUCUGUAGAGUCGACAAUUCUUAGCAGUUUGAAUGAUAGAGAUGAUGAGGGGGAAGUUUGGAGUUUUGAUAGAGACACUUUUUGUUUAGUAGUUAAGGAAUAUCUUCAUAAGGGAAAUAUUAAGGGUUUAGCUAAUUUGAUUAUCGAAGCUCAAAAAUUAGAGUCUUCGAAUAUCAAAGUUGACGAGUCUAUAGGUUUUGGUAUUGUUAAUGCUUGUGUUAGUAUUGGAUUAUCAGACAAAGCGCAUAGUAUUCUUGAUGAGAUGAAUGCUUUGGGAGGCUCUGUGGGUCUUGGGGUCUAUGUGCCGAUCUUGAAGGCUUACUGCAAAGAGAAUCGAACUGCGGAGGCUAGUCUAUUGGUGACCGAGAUUAGUAGUUCAGGUCUAAAGUUGGACGUGGAAACCUAUGAUGCUCUGAUAGAAACAUCCAUGUCCGGUCAAGACUUUCAGUCGGUCUUUUCUCUGUUUAGGGACAUGAGAGGGGCGAGGGUUCUUGAUUUGAAAGGGAGUUACUUGACUAUAAUGACAGGUUUGAUGGAGAAUCAUCGACCUGAAUUGAUGGCAGCUUUCUUAGAUGAGGUGGUUGAGGAUCCUCGUAUUGAAGUGGGUACUCAUGAUUGGAAUUCUAUAAUCCACGCUUUUUGUAAAGCCGGGAGGCUAGAAGAUGCAAGGAGAACUUUUAGAAGGAUGACAUUCCUGCAAUUUGAGCCGAAUGACCAAACAUACUUGUCCCUGAUUAACGGAUAUGUUUCGGCAGAAAAAUAUUUUGAUGUAAUGAUGUUGUGGAACGAGGUUAAGAGAAAGUUAGCGGGGGAUGGGCCAAAGGGGAUCAAAUUUGACCAGAAUCUGGUUGAUGCAUUCCUGUAUGCUAUGGUCAAGGGAGGUUUCUUUGAUGCUGUGAUGCAAGUUGUGGAGAAAUCUAAAGAGAUGAAAAUAUUUGUUGAUAAGUGGAGAUACAAGCAAGCGUUCAUGGAGACACAUAAAAAGCUCAAAGUGGCCAGGUUAAGGAAAAAGAAUGUCAGAAAAAUGGAAGCUCUUAUUGCUUUCAAGAAUUGGGCUGGCUUAAAUGCGUGAACUGUAUGCACUGGUGAGGGACCUCUUAUCUCACAGACUAAACAACCACUUCAGGAUAAAACAUGAAUUUCUCUCUCUUGCCGAUGCUUUUGAAUCCGCAGCUGUUGGUCUUACCCGUCUAGGUGGUAGUAAAAUGACAGUUGAAGAAGGAUUCAUUUCAAAAUCAAAGUUCUUUCGAGACACAUGUUUGCAUUUCACAAAUUCAGAGCACUUCAACUUUUUACAUACUCUGAUAACAACAGAAGUUUUGUCCUGGCGGAAGUCCAAGAAUAUGCUUCUUAGACUUCUGAGCAGAGUUUGCUUCAGCUAAGUUGUUGGUUUGGUCAAGCUCUUGGGGUUGAGUGCAUUCAUAAAUUUGAAAACAUUCCACUGUCCGAAUCGAAUACCCUGCAAUGUCAAGAUUUGGGUUUGUUCACCACAAGAAUACAGCCAUACAGCUUCAAACGUGUUGGUGGAUGAAGCACUUUCCUGUCACUGCAGUAAUCCAUGAUACUCUGUUUUUUUACUGUUAAUGGAGGCACAGCAUGAGCUAUUCAAAAUGAUAAGCUCCCUGAUUGAUGAUGCUUGAUUUGCAAGAUAUCAGACUGCCUUCUAAGUUGCAUCAAAUCCAGUAUUCUGCAAGACGACUAAAGCAACAUCUUGAGUUAGGAUGUCCUUUUGUGAGAAGAUAUCUUCAAAAAGUCGUUGAUAUGCGAAGUACUGUUAGAAUUAUUGUAUGUAUGUAUAUUCAAUUGCGUCUAGUUGAGAUACGUCUGUUCAACUCCUCCCAUAAAAAAUUAAGUGGGAAGGAAAAUAAUGUUUAUAAGAUACUUUGGUGAGACUAGUCAUUCUACUCGAAAUAAUUUCUGACUUUGUGGAUACAAUAAUAAAUAUAGGCUCAUCCUCAUUUCUUUUAUCUUA